AUGGACGAACCGCUGAACAUCUCAUCCGGCGCGGAUGCAAAUUCUCCAGCUCCAGAUGGCGAUACUCCCACAGGCCAUGAGCCUUCUUCCCUUCUCCACCAACGCGCAACCGGCGAAGGAACCUUUCUCUGGACUGAAGGAGCUCUUAAUUUGCCGUGUGAACCGUUCAAUCAGUCCCAAGACACAUCGGAAUCACCCCAUAUUACGCUGCAAUCUUCAAUUGAUGAAAAGGCACGAAAUAUCACUGGCAAUGGUUCUCACGCGCCAUCGGUUUCAAAGAAUGACCUCUUUUUAUCGAAUCAGCAAUCAUUGGCAACUCUGAUUGAAGGUCUUUCACGUGGCAAGAAACGUCUCUUAGUGAACAAAACAAGUAACAAGGCCAGGAGGAUUCUAGAUGAGCACCCAGACAUCGACGUUAACGAGCAGGUCGACGGCAUGGGCAUACUUCAUUGUGCAUGUCACCAUGACCGGCUGGAGUUGCUGAACGCCAUCUUGAAAAGGCCGAAUGUCAACGUCAAUUUGAAAACCCAUAAAGGACUCGCUGGACUCCACAUUGCAUGCCAGGAGGGCAAUGUUGCUGUGGUGGCCGCGCUCCUUCAGUCACCGCACAUCGAUGUCAACAUCCGCGAUGGCUCCAACUCCAGGACUCCUCUGCAUGUAGCAGCCAUACAAGGGGAUCAGGCCUCGAUCAGACAGCUUCUCGAAGUGGCUGGAAUCGAAGUCCAAGCGACAGACGCGUCAGGUUAUCUUCCUGUGCAUUACGCAGCGGGACACCCAAUGCUACCGAUAGGAUCGUGGUUAUCAGACGAUAUACAAAAUUACACCGACGAAAUAUUGUUGCGGCUCUGCUCAAAUGGGGCCAUCAAUGCUAGGACUCCUCAGGAAAAGGGCCCUCUUCACCUAGCCGCCGAGGCUGGAAACAUUGCAGCCCUGAGGCUUUUCCUAAGCCAUCCCGACCUGGAUGUCAAUAUGACAGGUUCGCAAGGUGACACUGCGAUUCAUCUAUCGGAAGACAUCGAUGUUGUGCGUUUGCUCUUGGAGAAGGGUCUAGACGCCAACAUCCAAAAUGUCGACGGCAAUACAGCCUUGCAUUGCGCUCUGGAGCGGCGCUGUGAAAAGUUAGCCCAACUCCUGUUGACGAGCACAAAUCUGGAUGGAGACAUGCCCAACAAGAAAGGAGAGCAAUUUAUACAUAUUGCCGCCGCCAAAUGGGACAUCGCGACAUUCAAAAAGCUCGCCGCAACACCGCUAGACAGAAACAUCAACAUGCCAGCCGGUAAUGGAGAGACGGUGUUACAUAUAGCUGCCCGCGUGGGCAACAUCGACGUCGUCGAAUACCUCCUCAGCACUUCGCGUAUCGCUGUCAACGCCCAGGACGAAAAGGGCCGAACAGCCUUGCACCUGGCGUGCGAAAAGGGGCAUGUCGACAUUGUCAAGGAUCUGUCAAGUGCUCCACUUAUAUAUGUCAACACAAGGGACGAAAGGCGCCAAACACCGUUGCACCUGGCUUGCGAGAAAGGACAUGUCGACGUCGUACGGGUUCUACUGGGAAACCCACACAUUGAUGCGGAGCCUGGAGACGUAUAUGGCUGGGCACCACUACAUUUCGCCGCAUGCAGUGAAUCUGCCUCUGCGGAGCCGAUCGUGUGCGAGUUGCUGCGAGCCAGGAUAGACGUCAACGGACAGGUUCCAGUCAGCGGAGCAACUGCAUUGCAUUUCGCGUCCUUGGGGGGUCAUUUUAAAAUGGUUCUAGAUCUCCUCGAACAUGGUGCGGACCCACGCCUUACCUGUGACGGCUUGGUUGGCUCAGACGACGGGAUCGGCAAGGACGCUGCUGGUGUGGCGGACAAGAUUGAGAUUGUUGACUUGAUCCGGCAUUUUCGAUGGAGAAAUAUAUCCAUAGCCCCAAUUCCCCUCUCAUACCCCCAGGAGGGCCUCUUGAAACGUCAUGCGAGCGGUGUCUACAUCAUGUGGGAGUGGCCAAGAACCGAGAAUUCACCCCAAGCCCACAGCAAAAGUCUGAGCCACAAAAGGCAGAGGAUAUUCCCAGACAUCAGCCCGGUGUACAAAAUUUACGUCCACCUCGCAUCAAAUUCUCAAAAGCCUUGUUGUUACGAAGAGCAAUGGCAAUUGAGGCAUGCCUCACGUCGGAAAAAGAGACGGUCCUUCGCACUGGACGACAAAGAAAACGGAGCCCGCUACACGAAUACCCCCGAAAGGCAGCGGGCAACCAAAUGGGUACAUUUCUCUGCUCAAAAUCGUCGAUGGAUUGAAGACUUCUGCCGAUUGAUGUACUCCCAUGGUUCGCUUCACACUGAGGGUAUCGAUGUAUUGACCUUCAUCGAUGACACAUUCGAUCAAAGAAGCGUGGCCGUAGGGUACAGCGGGGAGAUAUAUCGCGAACACUGUGUCAAAGUGUCGACCCUCCCCGUCGUCACAGACGAGGCAACAAUCGAGAAAGCUCCCACAGCACGCAUAAAAAGCCUUGGAUUUAGUGAUGAUGGAGCAGGGGACGAGAGCCGGCACUACUCUGUCGCUGCGAUAGUUGUACCGGUAAUAGAUAUUGACAUGAUGAGACCUGGAUUCAUCACGAAUCGCCCCUCACUCGGCCCGAGCAAUGAUGGGCAGCCAGCGGGCGUGACAACUACUUUUUACGAGAACCCAGAGCUCAGCUCUAUGGAACAAGCACACGUCGACAUGAUCAUGUCCCUCCAUUCCGAGUUCAAGGUUCAGCGAUCCAGAAGCCUGGACCAUUAUUUUCACCGCGACCUUACCGACGCAGAUUUGCAAAUUGUCAACGCCGAGCAAGUUCUGUCGCGCUUCAUUCACCAUCAACAAGCGAAAAGAGAUCCUUAUGUGAGGAAGACUGAUUUAUCCAAGACCGUGGCCCCUUCAACUACAUCUAGAAUAUCAACGGCGCUGAAAAGAAUCCUGAAAGUGCUUGCAGAGUUGGGAAUGGCGAGCACUAUUAUGGAUGCUACGCAGGUUGAAGACGGGCUUGGAGAUUCAUACAUCAAACCACACCUGUCUCGACAAUAUGUUCUUGUUGUCCCGCAGCUGUGGCUGUGGAAAAUCGACAAUGUUCUAAUCACCGCGUUCCCCGCCCGAUGGGACUCUUCCAAUCUACACUCUGCUUCAGAGUAUGUCAGAUCUCGGGUCGAAAUGCAGAAAGCAGAUGUGAGCCCUGUCAAGUUGCUGCAUGAGAUUGUGGCAGCGUGUCUGGAAUAUCAACCCACCUUCUCGCUGUUCGGGCGGCAGCUCACAUAUCAGGACGCAUUCUCCGGAGAGAUUUCAAGGAUAUCCCGGGAUAUCGACCAAUGCUACAAAGGCUUUCGAAACGACCUUGGCAAGUCCGACGACAGGUUUCUGGAAGCCUUCAAAACGGCAACCAUGUCCUUGCUCGACAUCGAUGAUGCACUCAACGAGCUGAAAAUGAUCAAGCGAGUGUACCAGAAUCAAGCCCAAGUCUGGGAGGAUAUGCACAAGGACCGGACCUUGGGAAUGGAAUGUAGAUGUAGCCCAGACGAAGCCCCACGCCGGCUGUACACUAUGAUGACAAGGCUCGAAGAGGACGCACACAGUGUUCGAGAGUCGGUGGUCACUCUUCUACAAUUGACUCAAGGCUCGGCAAGUACGGAGAACGCAUUGAAAGCCUCUGAGCAGUCCAAGAUUCUCGCCAUCUUCACCGUCGUAACGGUGAUCUUCACACCGCUUUCAUGGAUCGCCGCACUUUUCGCUGUCAAAAUAGAAGGCUUCCAUGCCGAGGAGACAUGGACGUCCGGGCAGGUCGCCGGUGGCUCAGUCAUCUGCCUAGGAGGCACGCUUGUUCUUUGUGUGUUGGGCUGGAAAUGGUUGAAUCGUGAACAAGCGGCUGUGGAACCGACGCGAGGGCUACCUUCAGGACACCGCAUAUAUUGA